GUGUAAAGGGUUAACAGAUGAUCCCCGACGUCAGACUACAGAAGUCUCCGCCGUGGUGCUGUGGGAUCUCUUCUGCCGGUUCAGUUUCACAGUGCAAAGGUUUGGAUUGUCCGUCAGGCCUUGCCCUCAUCCCGAGGUGGGUUCACAAGAGUCGCAGCCCUGCAUUUCAAAACAGCAGACGAGUAUUUCGCCAUGAACUCUGACAUGGAUGGUGACAUAGAAAAUCAGGUGGAGUUGGAGGAGAAGACCAGACUUAUAAACCAGGUCCUUGAGUUGCAGAAUACUCUUGAGGAUCUCUCAGCUCGGGUGGACGCAGUAAAAGAAGAAAAUUUGAAGUUAAAAUCAGAGAAUCAGGUUCUUGGGCAGUACAUUGAGAACCUCAUGUCAGCAUCAAGCGUGUUUCAGACCACUGACUCCAAGAGCAAAAGGAAGUAAGAGAGCAUCCUCUCUCCCAUAAUCCCUCGUGUAGACGGCAACCCCACGCAGAUAAACCAUUGCCAUAUCAACUCAUUUAAACUUUCCACUAGGAUUCCUUUAAUCCUAAUGCCACUCAAAUUGUAAAUGUUUACAUUUAUUUAAAUUCAGUAUUGAUGUUCUUUAACGUUACAUCUUAAACAACUUUGUUAAGCAUAUUACACUAAAUUAUUUUUAAAGACAUUAAGGUGUUAAACUAAGACUUUAUAUGUUGUUUUGUAUUUUUUUUUUUUUUUUGUAUUUGUUUAGACAGGGUGCGACACAAAUAUUAUUUGUAAUAUAUUGAAUAGUUUUGUCUCGCUAAGCAAAUUGAUAAUUGAUUACAAAUGUAAUAUGUAUUUUGUAUUUCAUUUCAUAUAUUUUGCUUUCUAGAUGAGGGUACGGCUGUGAUGCCAUGACAGUUGCUCUCUCCCGCUGAGCUGUUUGUUUGUAUCAGCACUGAUUAUACUCAAGUUGAGAGAAAACAUUUCAGGCCAUUCUGAUCAGGGAAUGAAAUUUAGACCCUUUUCUUGGUGCUAUCAACAGAAGGGAGUUCUCUGGCAUGCGUCACAUCUGUGCCUCUGAAUAUGUUAAAAGUAUUUGUUGUGUUUGAAUGUGUAGACUCUUACCGUCGUGUGGCAUCGCAAAUGCCUGUUUUAAUUAAAACUAAUAUAAUUUGC